UCUUGAUGCUUUUUGUUCUCUAAAUCUCCAGUCCCCUUCAGUUUUUGGAGUGGUUGAUGAUUUUAGUGUCUGUGUGAAUCUGCUUGUAAGCUUUUGUUUCAGACUUAAAACAAGUUAUUUUGCAUUCGUAAUGGUAAUUAAAUUGGUUCGUUUCUCGUGUUUCAAUCGUAUGACUCUGGUUCAAUACAUCUGUUUGAUACUUGAUGAUUUUUGAGUGGAUAACUUGAUUCGCCUGUGUAAUGAACUUAGAUGUGAAGUGACAAUGAUCAAUCAGGAAUUUUCAUGUUCUGACGGAAAUCCUUAUGGGAUUUGAGUCUAUAUGUUGUGUGUGUCCAUGUCAUGCUAGUGUCCAAGCUGUGGUUGAUACUACUUAGUUUCUGUACAUAUCCAAAUGCUCUUGCAGGAAAGGAUAGUGUUUCACACAUGAGUGAAAUUUUUCCUGCUAAAUAGUCUACCCAAUUUUUUUGCCUAGACUUGCUUCUAGAUGUCCAUACCUGAAGUUGCUGUUUUUGAGCUCAUUUCUGCGUUGUCUGAGCUUAAUCAAUAUGUAAUGGAUUUGAAUUCUAGCAACCUGAUCUGGGAGUAGUAUUAUGUACAUAGCUUCUUCUGUAGAUGUUGGAUUAAAGCCAUUCCUGGUUUUAUAGAAAGCUAAGAGAUAGAGUGUUAAUUUUCCUGUUGAGCAUUCAAACCAGUUCUACCAUUUCCAAGGAGAAAAUUUUGUUGUAACCUUUGUGUUUAGAAUCUGACCAGUAUUUUGCCCUUUUAUUCAGCUGUUUUCUAGUCUGUUUUAGGCUAAGUUCAAGUGCGUUUGAGUUGCUAUUUUAGCUGUCAGAUGCUCCACCAUUUGCGUGCAUAAGAAUAAAAUUGGGUGCUAAAA